UUAACGAACUGUAGUUUUCUGAUAUAAAAGUUAACACCCCCCUUUUCUUUUUGUUUUUCUAAAGUAGCGAUAUAGUUCUUUAUGGGAAUAUAAGUCUCUGAAAAUCUGAUAUGCUAGAAAAUGUCGAAAACCCGUUAUAAAGUAAGUGGAUUUUAUAUGAAAUAAAGAACAGCCGGAUUUAGUGGUGUUCAGCCUAAAAUCCAAUUUUAAACAACGCCAUCUGAUAUGCACUUCCGUCUUCCGUUAUUUUAACAUGUUGUGAAGAUCACAAGUAAAUGUAGGGCAUAGCGCACUUAAUAAUUUAUCCUUUGUAUUCGUUAUCAAAUAAUAUCGCUAAGGUCAUUUAGAUAUUGAAAAAUAAAAGAAAACCAGGAUGAUAUCUGUUUUUUUCUGACAAAAAUGGAUUCUGUUAUUGCCGAUUUCUGGUUGAUUUGCUGUGUUUGCGUUUACUGUUGUAAAUGCUUCCUCUCGGCCCCCUUCGGUUCCCCUAUUUCUUUUUAUUAUUCUUAUUAGAAAACUAAGCACAAUAUGUCUUCUAACAUUGCAACAUUUAUUAUUGUCAACGGCUACAGAGAAAAGUGUAAUGAGAAUAAAGCGCCAGGCAACACCUUCAGCCUAUGAUAUUGCAAACUCUCAACAAGUCAGUGGUGUUGGUGGCUUCACAGCAGCUGGUGCAAUGGUCGGAUCAGCAUUUGGACCUAUAGGCACAGCUGUUGGUGCUGGAAUAGGAUUGAUAGCGGAUAUCAUUUGCAUUUUUGCUUGCCAUCAUGAUGAUCCGCCACCUCCAAACAAACCACCCUCAAUCAGUAAACCUGCUGCAUUGACCGGCGCAUCACCUAUAAUGGCAGGGGAAGGGAAAACAACGGCAAAAGUUACUUGGGAGCCUCCGAGUAUGACGGACCCUGAAGACGGAAACAUAAAAGUUGUGACAUCGCCAUCAAAUUUUAAAAAUGGCGGGGAAUAUUCUGAGGGAACUUACGUGGUUUACUUCGUUGGGACUGACAGUGGUGGUCUAUCUGCGACAGCCUAUCUUUCGUUUCAAGUUAAAGUGGAUAGAUGCGGGUUCCCUAGGUGGCCAGAAAAUGGUUAUAUCGAUUGUAAUGGUAGUGACGUCAUUCUUGGAACAACUUGUAGUGUCAGAUGUAAGACUGGUUAUACUCUAGAUGAAAGUGACAAAAGUUCUCUCAAAUGUGGGAGGAAAGGCGCAUGGAUGCCACCUGUACCACCUAACUGCAAACCAAAGGCCUGUGCCAAAGCACCUUCUAUACCACACGGCGAGGUUCAAUGUCUCAACAAUAAAGUGGUGUACGAUAAUUUGUGUGAGGCAGUGUGUAAUGACGGUUUUCAAGUGCAUGGUAUGCAUAUAAUGGGAUGUGAUACGAAUGGAAAAUGGGGCACUACACCGGUUUGUAAAGAUGUACUUCCACCACGAUUUUUGUCGGGAGAAUGUCCAAAUGACAUGCAAGUAUAUAUCGAUUCGACAAACAAUACGGCCAAAGUGUCUUGGGAAGAACCAAAGGGCGAAGAUAAUUCAAAAGAGACAGUGACGAUCACUGAAAUACACGGUCAUAAAUCCGGGCAGAGAUUUGAAGCCGGUUCCCAUACCAUUAAAUACACAAUUGAAGAUAAAGAACACAACAGGGGUGACAGCUGUGUGUUCAACGUUCAGGUCUUAACAAUUAGCUGCUCUCCGCCCAAUCUGCAUGUGACUGGUGGGGACCAUCUGAAAUAUGAUUGUCACAACUCAUACAGACUUGGUGCCGAAUGUUCCUUGGCAUGUAAAUCAGGAUACCCAAUGGGUGGAGUAGACAGAAUACAGUGUCUAUCUGACAAGACAAGUUAUCCACCAAAAUUAAAUUGGAAAUGGGAGGUCGGAGGACUAGCGCCAUUUUGUAAAGAAACGAACUGCUCUAGAGAUGCACUGAAUGAACCAAUUAACGGCGCACUAGCUUGUAGCCAGUGGACACAUGGUCAAAUGUGCCAGAUGCAAUGCAACAAUGGAUAUGACAUACCGAAUAUUGGUGAUGGAUUGUACGUGUGCGGGCGUUCUACCGGUAAAUGGAGGCCGUCUGGUAAAGUUCCAGACUGUGAUACAAAGAUAGACGUAAACAAUAUGCACCUGCCGAAUGAAUUUUACUACUACACAGGAAACUGUAACAGUUCAACUCAGAAUAUGAACCAAAUUAAAGAGAAUUUUGUUCAGGCUCUAAACAGCUCCAAAUUUCCAGAAGAAUGUGUCGGAGUACCAGAAUGCCAAGCUAAAUUUGUUGAUGUAACUUGCGGACCUAUCACGUCUCGCCGUAAACGUGAUUUGAAUUCCAAUGUUUACAGGCGGUCGGUUUCAAAGCUUGCAUACACCCUGCGAUUCGAAUUUAUUCUACCAUAUAAGCCAGUGGCUGGAAAAUCCCCAGAGGAUAUAUUUGCGGAAAACGAAGAUCGUCUCUACAAAAUGUCCGAUGUAAUACAGAAAGAAGUGGAUGCCGGACAUUUUGACCUUCACGUUGGUGACUUGCGCGUAGAGAGCGAUUCGUACGGACCUGGAAAUCCGUCCAUGUUAUGUCCUUCUGGGACUAUUCCGAGAAAAGAAUCAGCAUCAUGUGUUGGAUGUCCAAAAGGCAGUUAUGCUACAAAGGCGGGUAGAUGUGUAGAAUGUCCUAUAGGAACAUACCAAAACUCUACAAACUCAUUAAACUGCGAGCGUUGUCCACCAAAUACAAAUACAACUGAAGGUGGUGCUGAAAACAUAACACAAUGUUUAGGGUAUUGUGCAAAAGGUGAAUUUUCGCCAAAUAUGCUUGCACCUUGCACAAAAUGUCCUAGCAAUUCCUACCAACCAAGCAAAAAAUCUAAAAGCUGCAUCAGAUGCGAUAGCAAUACCAGAAGUCCUAGUGAUGGAGCCACGUCAAAAUCACAGUGUAAAGAAUACGAUGUUCAGCUGAAUAAAAUCAAAGCAAAAAUGGAGAACAAGGUGACACAUGAUGUGAUCUCUCUGUUCAUGUGGAUUUAUAUAAGCAAUACCAAGACAGAUGCUGCAGUUGAAAUAGAAAAUUCUGCGACACACUCGAAACUUUCGUUUACCUUUACUCCAACGAUUACAAUCAAACAAUCGGGGGAAGACGUCAACACUGGUCAAACGGUACAGUCAGCUGCCUGGACAAAUAUUGCUUUUAGCAUUGAUAAGCCAUCAAACGAAGUCAUACUGUACAUCAAUGGGAAAGCCCUUUAUGAGAAUGCAUCUUUUGUUGUUUCGAAAUCUCAUAUUUUAGAGCAAAACGAUUUGAUUGGAUUAUAUGGAGAUAUAAAAAUCUCUGCGUUCAGUGUUUUGCCAAGGAAGGUUUCUCCUUCAGACGUUUCUACCUGGUCAUCUACGUGUUCGCCUUCUAUAGCCGGGACCAUAAUUUCCAUGGAUGACCUUGCCGAGGCAGAUAGUGUCAACUUUGUUAUUCCAUCAGUCUGCGAUGCUGUAAAUGAAUGCACCAGCUCUCCAUGUGGUACUCAUAAAUGCAUCAAUAAGCUUGGCAGUUAUGAGUGUUUGUGUUCCGGAGGAUUUACUGGAAGACAGUGUCAAAUCCAACCAGAUUAUUGUGAGAAUAAUAACUGCAAGAACGGAGCUACAUGUGUCAAUGGAACAGGAAACUACACAUGCCAGUGUCCAUAUGGGUAUAGUGGCAGAUUGUGUGAAAUAAAAGCAGUCGACGGUGAAUGGUCUGCCUGGACAAACUGGACAAGUUGUUCUAUGUCAUGCGGUGGUGGAAUUGCAACUAGAACAAGAAGAUGUGAUAGUCCGCCACCAGACACUGAGGGUAAACAGUGUGUUGGAAACAGCAGCGAGACAAUCUCUUGUAAAGAAGAAAAGUGUCCCGAGUGCACGAAUUUAAGAAGAACCUAUGGCUUAAUCAUCACAUGCAAUGAAACGUCGGAAUUGCAGCAGUGUUCUAUAACCUGCAGAGCUGGUCUGUAUUUCACAAAUCCACCAUUGCCAUAUUAUGAAUGUGGUGUGGCUACCGGGUAUAAAUGGAAUCAUCAGAAUGAGAAAAACCCUACUGGAAGACUACCGUCUUGUUCUGAACUCGAGCCACCAGUUGAGAUAGGUGUGAACUUUGAAUGCAAAUACGAUUCUAUUCCAUGCACAGCCAACAACAAGGAAACGAUUAAGGCCUCUAUAGAAACUAAGUUGUCUGCCCUCGACUGCAGCAAGGCUGAAACUUGUGAAACGACGAUACAAGAACCUGUAUGUACAAAGUCAAAGAAAAAGAGGGCCACCAGAAGUUCGAUGACUGUCACUAUUGGACUGCAUGCACCUGUAAAUAGCAAGAAAGACAGUUUCAAUGUAGCUGGAUUACUUCAAAAUAAAUCAGCGCCGUCAAAAGAGCUGGCUGAUUUUGUACGAAAGACUCUUGAACUGGAGAAGUCGGCACAGACAUUAAUGAAUCAUUCAGUUGAUUUCUUCCAAGUUACAAUAGAUGGGACCAAACAUUCGCUCGCAUCUGGCUCACCGCCAACAUACAGGCCAGAUACCAGAUGCCCUAGCGGCACAGUGCGUAUUGAAGUAUUUUGUGCUGUAUGCCCUGUCGGGUCCUAUUCGGACGGACAAACUGUUACCAUGUGUCCAAGAGGUCAGUAUCAGGAUAUGAAAGGGCAGUCCACUUGUAAACAAUGCCCAUUCGGUAAAACCACAGCGGGAAUCGGCUCCAUUCAUGUUUCAGAAUGUUCAGUUAUGGCCAAAUCUCCUGCUGGUUCGUCGUCGGCAAACAAAGAUGAUGUAAGCGAUGCCGUCCAGAUUGGAGUCGGCGUGUCUGUGUCAAUAGCUCUAGUUAUUUUGGCUACUGUUGGUGUUAUACUAGCCUGUAAACACCUCAACAAAAAGAAGAGCAGUGUUAAUGACAGCCAUCUUGAUAUACACACAACUGGAUACUUCCACAUGCCGAAAGUCAGUGUCUGAAAAACGACAGUUAUAAACUUUUAUGCAGAACUGAUGCCUGUGAUAAUUUACAAAUUUUGUUGUGAUUGCACAUUUUAUCGUAAUGACUAUAAAGUUUGGUUGCAUG